AUGGCGCCGCUGCAAGAACUUUUGAAGUCGAGCGGCGAGUCCGCUAAGCGAAUAUCUGCUCACAGUCACGUGAAAGGUCUUGGGGUUGAUUGUGAGACAGGAGUUGUGAGAGAUGUCGAACAAGGCUCGGAGCAGUUUUGCGGACUUGUUGGACAGACUCCAGCGCGCGAGGCAGCCGCUUUGGUCGUGGACUUGAUCAAACUCAAGAAGAUGGCUGGACGUGCCGUGCUGCUCGCAGGGCCGCCUUGUACGGGGAAAACGGCUAUCGCCCUUGCCAUUUCACGGGAGCUUGGGAGAAGGGUUCCCUUCUGUGUUCUGAACGGCGCGGAAGUGUAUUCCUCCGAGGUGAAAAAAACGGAAAUUUUGACGAGCCACUUUCGAAGAGCGAUUGGCGUGAGGGUCAAAGAAAUAAAAGAAGUCUACGAGGGCGAAGUGACGGAGCUGGCGGCAGAGGAGUCUCCAGUUCCUGACCCAGCGAGUGGUUAUUCACGCUCAAUAUCGCGGGUCGUAAUUGGCUUGAAGACCACGAAGGGCACGAAAACGCUGCGGCUUGAUCCGAGUGUACACGAAGCCAUUUUACGUGAGCGUGUUGAGGUUGGUGAUGUUAUCUAUAUAGAGGCAUCGUCGGGUACUGUGAAGAGGGUCGGUCGCUGCGAGGCCUAUGCCUCUGAGUUCGACAUAGAGGCUGAUGAGUACGUGCCGCUUCCGAAAGGAGACGUACACAGACGCCGUGAGGUCGUGCAGGACCUCACGCUGCAUGACUUUGACGUCGCGAACUCCAGACCAACUCAAACUUUUUCAGAAGAUAACGACGUUAUCGCUGUGCUCAAUAAUCUAAGUCGGCCGAAGAAGACCGAGAUAACCGACAAACUUCGGAACGAAAUUAACCAGUUGGUGAGCCAGCUCGUUGAUCAGGGAAAAGCGGAAGUCAUACCUGGUGUCCUGUUCAUCGACGAGGUGCACAUGCUGGACAUUGAGUGCUUCACGUUUCUGAAUCGCGCUCUAGAGAGCAAUUUAGCACCCAUUGUGAUUUUUAGCACGAAUCGUGGAAUAUGCACUGUCCGUGGCACAGACAUGCAAAGCCCGCAUGGGAUUCCCUACGACCUAUUGGACAGAUGCAUGAUUAUUCGAACUGAGCCAUAUUCGAAGAACCAAAUUCAGCGCAUUCUUUCUAUUCGUGCCAAAAUAGAGUCCAUUUCCGUCCGCACUCUUGAGCCAUUAGCAUGCGAGAAUGAGAACGGUGAAGAAGGGGAAAGUUCCGCUAUUCCUGAUGAUGCUCUACACAUUCUAGCAACUGUUGCUGAAAGGACAUCGCUGCGAUACGCAUGUAAUAUCCUUACACCCUCUUACAUACUAGCGAAGGUUGCGGGUAGAGACCAAGUAACUGCUCAGGAUAUUCACGAGGCGAAUGCAUUGUUCUUAGAUGCGAAAUCAUCAGCAAAGUUUGUAAUGGAUAGAUCGGAGAAUUACUUGUCAUAA